AUGUUCUUCAGGUGUUCUGGUCUUGUCCUGUCCGGACCUGGUGCUGUUCGAUUUUUCGCCGACGAAAUGGCAUGUCGGAUUUUGGAAGGGAGAACCGGUGGUACAACAUAUCCGUCCUCCUUUAUUUCAUAUGACGGAAGGCUUUCUCCGUGGUCCAAUCCUGACGUCGAAAUCUUCGGUUACAGUUCUUUUCCAGUAUCACAGACGGCGUUGAAUGGGUGGCGUCGUCUCGUUUCGGCCAGGCCGGCUACGUCGUGCCUUUUCCUUCUUGCUUGCGUGAUCAAGUCUUAUAUUGAGAAAUCGGAUGCAAAGGUACGUGCAUUGUAG